AUGGCCAAGAGAUUAGACUUUAAAGUGACUAAUAACAUGGCAGAGUACGAAGCAUGUUUAUUUAGAUUAGAAGCGGCUGUGGUGGCUGGAGCUAAACAUUUGAUGGUCUACGAGGACUCUAUACUGGUAAUCCAGCAAGCCUUCGAGGAAUGGGAAGUAAAAGAAGAGAGGUUGAAAUCGUACGUCAAGUAUCUUAGAACCUUAGUGUGGAGCUUCUCCAAAUGUUCCUUUGUACUUGCCUCAAGACGAGAAUCAGAUGGCAGGUGCGCUAGCUACUCUAUCAUCUAUGUGGGUCAAUCUUUUACAACUAUCAAUGAAGCCUUUAGUGAUUAUAAAAUCAAGCACGCCUUGUUAUCAAGGGGAUUAGAUAAUGCAAGUUCAGAUGGGACCAGAAGAGAAGCCAUGGUUUUACGAUCUAAAGAAGUUCAUAGAAAGCAAGAGUAUCCAAAAGAAAUGAUAGACAAGGAAAGAUACGCGCUACAGAUUCAAGCCAGAAACUAUAUCAGCCACGAGGGAGUCCUAUAUAAAAGAAUGAUAUCAUGUUUUAUAGCUUCGAUGUGUGACUAA